AUGGAGGCCAAACAAUACAGCAGACCCUCGCAAAAACAAAAGCCACAGCGGCCUACCAACCUGGUGUUAGCACUUCGAGCACUCGUUCUUGGAGUCACAAUUGCCGGGAUCGUCGUCUCCUCUAUCCCUGCCCCGAAGAACUUUAUUGCAAUUGGAAUACUGGGACCAGCUUUCGUCACGACUUUCUGCUGGUCGGCUAUAGAAAUUCUCUACCCUUUGGUCAGAAUCUUCCCGCCAGCCUAUGUAUCAUUCCGCAUUCUUGUCGACUGCGUCAUUGUAAUCGGAUCAAUAAUCUGCCUGAUCUGCUUUGGUCUAUUCCGGGAUUGGUGGCCCGGGGGUAGCGCUCUCAGUUCAGAAGACGCGCCUUUGGCUCGAGAGACACUAUUCCAAGCAGCUCUGGGACUCGCCUGCGCCUCAACAAAGGAAUCAGAUACAGCUGCUGGCGGUGUCUUGAACUCUCUCGACCCCUGGCUUUACCGUCAUUGGUUCAAGCCAUAUGAUUCUGAUAUAGAGCAUGGUCGCUACAUUGCGAAAUCUAUCACGUUUAGGCAUCAUACUAGAGACAUUGAACCAACGCUCGCGGAUGUCUCGGAAUUUCAUCAGAAGCUCAUCCAAAGUUUCUCGUCUGAUAUUUCUAGAGGCGUCGCACCUGAGAUGCUUCAGAAACUAUUUGUUCCACCUUUCCCUACACCAUUGGGACAGCUACAAGAGGAUUUGCAUAUGAUGUUGAGCAGAACCCACACGAUCCAUCCUCUAUUCAAGUCCCUCUUCAUGGUCUUCCAUCAAACGAAAGUGUCAAGAAGAGAACGUUUUACAGUUGAAGAGAUUGAUAACCUUCCUGUAUCUCUGGUAUCUACUGGAACUACAGAAGGUCUCAGUAGGCCCAUAUCAUUCCACAGUUUGUGUUGCAACGGACAGACUUUCGCUGAUCACAUGGCAUCUGGCAGCUCUGUCCGCAGUGUGAGAACGAGCCUCAAGUCAGCGAUAAGAUUUAUUAUGGACUUGGAAAAGCGAGAAGAGGGAUUUUGGAGAGGAAGACUGAGCCCGCCGCUCGCUGACCACUCAGUAGACAUUGAAAAAGAAGCCCGAGAGCUUGGAUGGGAUGUCGCGACGCAUGGAAAGUUACCACUGGAUAUACCAUCCUCGAAAUGGGUGAACAGACGCAAAUACACAGAGUGGGCCGGACCGGAGCUCUGCACCACCUUAACCUAG